AUGAACGGAAUACCAGAUACUGUUCGUUCCUCCAUACUCUUUAUAUUAUGCCACUGGUUCAUUUUCGGUCGGGGAAUCACUGAAGCGACUUCUGCAUUUCCGUUUACCUGGUCGGACAAGUCCUUCGUUCCUGAUGGCCCAUGGCAAGCUGUAUCAGUGGGAAUAGGCACGCCAUCACAAAACGUUGCUCUCUAUCCCGGUGGACGUUGGGCCAGCACCAUUCUGUUGUCGACCAUUUGUGAUAACCAGACCUCGUGGUCUUCAUUGACAGCUUGCUACGCAGAUGAUGCUGGUGUAUUCAAUCGCAACAAGUCAAUUUCUGCGGGCAAUAAUGCGCCAAACUCAGCAGGAAAUGGGGCAUGGACCGAUGCUACGCUGUCGGGAUGGGCCUCCCAAAGCGUCUUCUAUGACAAUUUCGAUAUCGGGCUUGGAUCGAUCGUUCCAAAUGUCAGUAUGACUGGACUUUCUGACGCUUAUCAGACGUACCCGAAUGGUCGCAACUAUCCGAUUGAGGUUGGGAUUUUAUCGAUGGGAACACCUGCAUUGACUCAUAUUUGGGGAUACACCAUGAUGUUCAUCGCUAGCUAUAUGUACACGAGCGCUAGCCGGCGAACUCCUUCCUAUUCUUAUGGGAUACAUAUCGGAUCAGCAAAGCUCGGAAUCCCAGGGUCUGCUUGGCUGGGAGGGUACGAUAAGAACCGAAUCAUGGGGGAGACCUCGGCCCAACCCUUCACACCCUUUAAUACAAAUCCAGGAGGAAACUUAGUCAUUGGACUCCAGGAUAUUGGACUGGGAGUUGCCACGGGCGGGUCUCCAUGGAGCUACAGCCAGAAGUCGGGACUCCUCUCGGACUCAAAUUCAAGUUUGAUCGCCCCUGUGACAGUCCAACUGGAUCUCACACGGCCCUACCUUUACCUCCCUCGGAGCACAUGCGAUAACAUCGCGUCCACACUCCCCGUGACCUUCAACGCCUAUCUCGGUCUCUACUUCUGGAACACGAAUGAUGACAACUACCGCACGAUUGUAACGUCGCCUGCUUAUCUUUCUUUCCUCUUUCAGAAGGAUUCUACAAACAAUCAAAACAUUACCAUCAAAGUGCCGUUUGCGCUGCUGAAUCUGACUUUGGAGGCCACUCUUGUCACCGAGGAGACCCCUUACUUUCCCUGCUACCCAUCCGAUAACGACUAUUCCCUUGGGCGCGCUUUCCUUCAAGCAGCCUUUGUAGCGGAAAACUAUGGCACAGGAGAUGGCUAUGGAACCUGGUUUCUCGCUCAAGCACCUGGCCCUGGGCUCGUUGACGUUUCAGAUCAAACCAAUAUUCAAGUCUCUUCUUCUAGUAUUCCCGCAACAAGCAACUCGUGGGAGGUCAGUUGGGACUCUCACUGGACAGCACUGCCGUCUUCUACAGCAACAUCCAAUAGCACCAAUAGCACCAACAGCACAACAGCAGGAUCUGGUGCAAGGACCUCGGGCUCGUCGGGACUGUCUCAAGGAGCCAAGAUCGGUAUCGGAGUUGGAUGCGGACUCGGGGGAGCGGUGCUAAUAUGUGGUUUGGCUUGGCUCUUUGUCAUUCGUCGCAGGCGAAAUCAAAGACAGUCGGCCGGGGUAGCAAACAGCCAAUUUACUGGAGAAGUUUCAGGUAUAAACAAUGUACAGAGCUACGGCUGGCAAUAUGCUCCGGCCGAGUUGCGUGGUACUGACCAUGAUCUUUCUCAUGCUAUUCCUGAAGCGCCCGGGUCGCUGCCACAGAAACAUGAUCAGCGUUAUGAGUUGUUCUAA